UCGGGCGCCAGCUCUGGGCGGGGCCCUGCGGUUGUGACAGGCUCCUCCUCCCUAGCUCCUCCCCCCACCCCCGGGCGGGCCCUCAUGCACUAACUGUGCUCCUCCGGGCCCCUGCGCCUUCUCCCAGCCAUGGUGGCCUGGCACACCGCUUUCCUCGUUUGCUUCGUUUUCUCCUUGGCCACCCUGGUCCAGAGAGGAAGUAAUUUUGACUUCACUGGUGAAUUAGGCGAUGGAGAUGAUGGCCGUCAGAAACCAGGUGCAGGAGGAAGAGAGAGAUGGAGUCAUGCCACCACUACCACAACUAGAAGGCCAGGAACAACUAGAGCACCAUCAAAUCCUAUGGAAACAGGUGAUUUUAACUUGGCUGAUGCCUUGGAUGAUCAAAAUGAUCUAGAUGGCCGCAAAAAACCAAACACAGGAGAAGGAGGAGGUUUUUCAGACAAGGAUCUUGAGGACAUACUAGGAGGUGGGGAAUACAAACCUGAUAAGAAUAAAGGUGAUGGUGGUUAUGGCAGCAACAAUGACCCUGGAUCUGGCAUGUCAACAGAAACUGGGACCAUAGCAGGUGUGGCCAGUGCCCUGGCCAUGGCCCUGAUUGGAGCUGUAUCCAGCUACAUCUCCUACCAGCAAAAGAAGUUUUGCUUCAGCAUUCAGCAUGCAGCAGAAGGGCAAGAAGGUCUCAAUGCAGACUACGUGAAGGGGGAGAACCUGGAAGCUGUUGUGUGUGAGGAACCCCAAGUGACAUACUCAAUACAAGAAACACAGUCUGCAGAGCCACCACCAUCUGAGCCACCCCGGAUCUGAGGCCCUGUUCAGUGGCAGGUGCACAGGAAGGGUGCCACUGUUUGUGACCCAGCUCCAGAUUUCAUUUGCUGACCCUUUCUUCAAGUUUCUUCCCAUGCCACCGGCUUCUUAUUGUACCGAGUUUUCUGGACAAGCCUUAGGGGUUUAUGAGUGUA